AGAUUCUUCAGCAUAUAUUGGCAUCCUCCCAAACCAACGGUAGGCCAAGAACUCCAGGGCCACGGAUAUAGAGACAAGCUUCCACUAUAAAGUCAUCAUCCUAACAUAACUUGAUUAUCAUCUUUUCGCCUACACAUUGUGUUCGACAUCAAUAUGCUUCUGAGCAAGCCUUUCUUGUUGGCAUUUGCCAUCAUAUCAACUGCUACAGCGCUUCCGCGCAAAGCGGCCAUAGCUGAGGGUUCUCUGUCUACCAGAGGGGAGAUGAUAGUAAACGAGCCCCCAGUUAUUGCAAGGCGAGAAGAAAACAUUUUCGACGAGCCGCCUUCCAUUGCUAGGCGACAUGAAGACGUCGUUAAUGAACCUCCAUCCAUCGCCAAGAGGGAAGAUAUUGUCAACGAGCCUCCGAGCAUAGCUAAGAAGGACGACGUGGUCAACGAACCCCCAAGCAUUGCUUAACGGGACAUUGUGGCCGGAAGCUCGGUUUAAUUCGACAGGUGGGAUCUGAUAAGGAGGACAUGGAUAUGAAUUCUAUUUAUUGGUACUAAGGUUAUGUCUGCCUGAGGUGUUUGCGUUGGGAUAGCAUAUAGAAAUGAAUGGAAAUGAAAACAAGCUAUCUCCAUGCAUGCAUGAUAUC